AUGGUGCUUCAAUUACACAGGAGCCUACUACGGCAACCUCGCGCUGGCUCUUUGUGGGAUGCAUGCCGCGCUUUCAGUUCCUCCACGUCCUUCCUAUCCGGGCACAGCAAGUGGUCCACCAUCAAACAUGACAAGGCUAAAAACGACAAGGCGAAGAGCAAAGAGCGGCAGAUGAUGAGCAAGGAAAUCGUCAGCGCUACACAACUAUGGGGCGCCGAUCCAAAGUACAAUCCUCGUUUGACCCUCGCGCUCUCCAACGCGAAGAGAGCCUCCAUUCCCAAAAACAUCAUCGAAGCCGCCAUCGCACGUGGUCAGGGACUCAGCUUGACAGGUCAAGCACUCGAGUCAGUGACAAUUGAAGCCAUGCUCCCUGGUGGAGUGGCUGCGGUGGUCGAGUGCCAGACAGAUCAGAAGGCUCGAGUCCUACAAGACAUUCGAUACUUGAUUAAGAACGGUGGAGGAACAGUCACCCCCACAACUUUUCUCUUUGAAAAGAAAGGUCGGGUCGUCCUGGAGAAGAAAGACGACAGCAAUGCGGACGAUUUUCUGGAUCCAGCUAUCGAAGCCGGCGCGAUGGAUAUCAACACCGACGAUAAAGGUCGCUUGGUGCUGUUGACCGACCCCUCCGAAACGAAAAGCGUUGGUGAGGCCUUUGUCAAAUUGUCUGGUUUGACGAUUGCAGAACUGGAGAUGUUCUGGGAUCCCAACCAGGAAACUCUCGUCGAGCUACAGGAUGAAGAGCAGGUGAAAGCUCUCGAGGAUCUUCUCGGUUCCUUGCGGGACGACCCCAGUGUUCAGGAUAUUUACCUGAAUACUACGGAGAAGUUCUAG